AUGGUUGAUCUAAACUACGAUUUUAGCAUGAAUCAACUCCAGAAUCGGCUGGCAACGUUCAAAGACUGGCCCUUUACUGAAGAGACAGGUUCAUCAUGUACUGCAGAGAAGGUACUACCUUUAGAUAGGAGAGGAGAAAACAAAUUUUCCUUUAGAGCUAUAAAAAAUAAGUUUCUAAAAAUGUUGUGUUUGACCCAUUUUAUUUAAUAGUUGGCAUAGAUUAUGAAAUAUAACCUUAACUCCCAGUUUAUUAACCUGCGACUCCCAUAAGUGAACUUCCUCCCAGGCUAUCAGUUCAUUAGAAGUUCAAAAUUUGAUAUUCUUUGUUUCUUCUUUGACGCUCUGUAAACACUCUCAAUUCGAGAUUUCUUAUUUUAAGUAAAAAAAUUAAAACAAAUCAUAGAAUAAGAUUUUGUUCUCGUAAACUAUCUGUUUAAAUUACAGAAAAAAGAGUUCUUAUCCUAUGAUUAGUUUUAAAUUUUCUUGUAAAAUAAGAACAUGUUUUCUUAAAUUGAGAGACUAGGACCAAUCUUGAAUUUAAUGCAUCAGUCAAUUCCACCUGCGCCCAGCCCCCCCCCCGGGCAACUGCGGGGCAUUUGCCCGCCUUGUCAGUCCCGGGGGUGGGGCAUUUGCAAAUGUUGCACUGCCUGGGGGCCGGGCAUUUGCCAACCCCCGGGCCAAUCCCGAGCUUUUGACACGCACGCGGUUUCCUAUCAGAAUAUAAGGUUUUACUGGAAGAAAAGCAGAUUGGCUCAUUUGUCAAGGACGGAAAUAAAUUGUAGAGGGUUGUAAAGGCAUGUUCUCGAUUUAAAAUGUAUGUAUGCAUUUCUUCAUUGCUUAUCAAGCUAGCAUUACGUAGCGAAAUUGGAGCUAUCGAUGUGAAUCAACGUUUUUUGGUUAUUGAAUCAAAUUUCUGUUGAUAUUAUUUGAAGAACAUCCUUUCUUAUUUAUAAAACUAUUCAUAACAUAUAACUUUACAGCGCUCUAUUAAUUUUAAUGUCAAUAAUUUUAUACCAAUACUAAAACCAUAUUAAAACUGGUGCAAGCCGUCGCGGCGUGAAGUCUUAAUUAGAAUCCUCGCGCUAUUACAAAGGAAGACGUUAAUUAAACCAAAAAAAUCGCACAUUAAAAUGCUUAAAACGGCACUAUUUGUCUGUGCGAUCAAUGAAAAAUGUUGCAGUUUUGACGGAGGACGGGGCAUUUGCUCUCUUUUUUCGUCCCCACCCCGGGGAAUUUGACAGCUCAAGAGUCCCCACCCCCGGGAAUUUGCCAUCCAAGGCAAAAAAAAUGCUAAUGCCCGGGGGUCAGCCCGGGGGGGGCCUGGGCGCAGGUGGAAUUGACUGAUGCAUUAGGGUGAAAAAUUUCCAUUUGUUUAUUAGAUGGCUGAAGCAGGAUUUUUCCAUUCUCCUAAUGACCGUGAUGCGGACAUUGCACGCUGUUUUGUUUGCUUCAAAGAGCUGGAAGGAUGGGAGCCUGAGGAUAAUCCUAUGUAUGUAUUUAGUUAACCAGCAUUUCAGGUACAUGUACCUUUAAUACACUUACAAGUCAAAUUUCUAAUGCACAGAACUGACAACACUGACAUACAUUUUUUUUGUUUUAGGGAGGAGCACAAAUCUCAUUCACCUAAAUGUGAAUUUCUCCUGUUAAACAAGAAAGAGGCAGAUUGGACAGUUGAGGACUUCUUGGAACUGGAAACCAAAAGACAAAUAAACAGAAUGGUAAAGCUGUACAUACUAACAUACUAUCAAAGCAAUAGAUAAGUACCUGCUGUAGGUAUAUCCCUUCUCAGGUUAAACCAAAAUUUCCUUUGUCUCAUAUGAAUAACAAAAUAUUAGGGCUUGGAAACAAAGGAAAUUCUGAAUCAAACUAGGAUGAAUAAAGGUUUAACCUGAGAACAGAUUUUACCUACGGGAUACCUCUACCCCAAUACAAACUAUCACAUAUUCCCAGUCCCUGGGCAAUUUGUUAUAAAAGGGUUCCAACUUUCAUAGUUUUGUCUGAUUCAAAAGUAUUUCUCAAGUCUCCUUUUUGCUUAAAACAUGUUACAAAAACAUGUUAAUGAUCCCCUCUUAAAAAUUUAUUGAUAUACAGUGGAAGCUCUCAUGAACGGACAACCCUCAGGACAUAAAAAAGGGGCUGAAACUGGUUGCCCCUUACAGGAAUGUAAAAAUACAGAGUUAAUUGUAUGGAAGGUGAGAAAUAUGGGUAUUUGUGAGCGCGGCAGUGAGUAGAACUGUCCACUUACAAGAGUUUCCGUCAAGAGAACUACCACGGCAAUUCUGAUCACUGUUUUUUUUUUAUUUUUUUAUCUUAUUUCAGCAUAAGAUCAUUGAGCUGAAGACAAAGGAGUACAAAGAAUUAGCAGAGCAUGUCAAAACUGAGAUGGAAAAACUUGUUUAA